CCAACACGGUUUCCAAUCAAAAAGGCUGGUACUCGAUCCUUCGAACAAGCUACCGCUGUACAGACGUACCGGUGUCAAGGCACCAAGUCCUCAAAUACAAAGCCAAGAGCCUAGUACCCAGGCACCAUCCCAGGGCACCUCGGCCUCUAGCGGACAGUACUGUAUUUACCAGAAACCCAAGCAAGUGACUUGUAAUGUAGCGCACAUGAAAAGAGUGACUCACCAGUUCAAGUACUAUAGUGGAACACAAUCUCAGCAAAAAGUUUGCACUGGUCACAGGUGUGUAAUUAUUAUUACUGAGUUAGACCAUGAACAAACGUAAAAGACGUGCGCGCAAAUGAUUCAUUAUUUGAAUUCAAGUUCUACAUGCUUACUUUUUUUGAAAAAGAAGUGAAUGGUUAUUUCUUUGUGUUCCCCAUUGUUUCCGGCGCCUAAGACUUGGUUGCACGAUCCAUGACGUGUGACACUGGUUUGACACUUGGUUACAUUUUACGGGCCUUGACUUUUCCCGCCUCCAGCUACUCGGUCCGAAGUCACGUACCGCGUGUGGACGGGAAGCGUUGCGUGACUAGGGCCAAGUGACUGCACAGAAAACAACCUGUACCGUUCAGAUAGUGGGGUGGGGCACAAAGUCAAAGAGCGGGUCGCUGUUCCCUGCUCACAUCUCUUCACGCCGUUCCCGAAAUCUGAACCCCUGGAACAGGCUUCCCCGAAGAAGACAAGUAGAAGACAUUUGGUUAGCACUUGAUUGCCUGUUAUGGCCCGUGACACUGGUUGCAUUAUUUCCCGCCCUUGACAACACAGUUUGCACAGAUUCUCACGCUAAAAUUAGCAAGUUUCCCCGCGCUUGUAAUUUUUUGUCUUCCUGCAGCUUUUGAUGCCUCUAUUGCAUUAUUUGCGUUUGUUUUUGUUGUCAAUAGUAGUGGUUUUGAGUCCAUCUUUGAAACUCCAUGUACGACCAGUUUCCCAGAGCACUACAAAGCUCGGCUACAGCUGAAACCUACCGUUAACGAUCACCUCUCGUAACCGAGCAUCAGUUUUAUAAGUUUCCAUCGUUUUAAACCUCAGUUGAAGCAUGGUCUGAAAUCUUAGAUUUUGCUGUAUGCACUACGAUACUCAUAGUAUACAUAUAGAAAAAACUGCUACUGACAACAAGGAACUGUGUAUUUCGUAAAUUGCAUGUAAUAAAUUCUCUUGCCAAAUUUAAUAUGUUGAUACCACUCCUCUACUCGGAAUAGCCUGCGUAACAUGCGGGAAUAGCGGGGGAGUACUGUUUUUUUUUCUUUUUGGCGGCUGAGCCGCCUGAAGUUUGGGAGCAAGUCACCGAAAAUCCUCCGCCGCCAAGAAAAUCCCCCGCGCAUAAUAAUCCCACCAGCUACACCGGCUGUAUUUGGAAAAGAGCCCCGUGGAUCUAUUCUCGUAACUGUCGUAAGCGACCACCUCUCUUGAGCUACCGCGUCGCAUUUAUAGCGUCACUUAUACGAGGUUCGACUGUAUUUUCAGGGUAACCUAUCGUCCGCAGUAUAAAAUAGAGGUGAGAACAGUGAUUACGUCGGUCAAAGACUGUUGUCCCGGCUUCACAGGAAAAGAUUGCAGUCAAGGUGGGUGAUAUUCUAUCAAAGUCGGUUGCAACUAAGAUUUUCACUUUCAUUUACAUCAAGCCAUCAACUGGAGUGCUUCUGUUUCAACAGCCUGUUUUAAUUGCACCAAGUUUCUUCUGCUGGAAGCCAGGUUAAAAGCCUUGGAACAGGUUAGUAAUGUACGAAGAUGGAAUUUCAAGGGAAAACAUGAGUAAAACUAACAAAAUGAUAAAGUGCCCGGGCGUCGCUGUCGCGCGUCAUUACGUAUGUCGCUCGCGCGUGACUUCUCGGAGAGCUUGCUCGCCGGUAAACAGACGAGCCAGGUGACUGGCAGGUAACCCGCGUUUAGACUGAAGCUCAGCAUGUACCAAGAUGCCGACCAACUGAAGUGGCUCUUCUCUUUUUAAAAAAGACUGUCACUAUGUCUUUGAGCUCAGCUGAAAAUACAAAUGUAGUUUCAUUUUUUGGGAUGUUCCGUUAGAAACUGCCUUUUGCUUUGAUUUUCUUUUGUUUAUUUAUUGGUUGAUUCAGAUUUGUAGAUAACCAGUAACCGAACUCUUUGAUUUGUGGUGUUUGUUUCGCCGUUUCAAAUUUUAGACCAAACCUACCUCUAGCAUGCAUGCAAUGGACGCCUUGUAACUUACAUAACUUACAGACUCUUUUCAUGGUCGAAGGUUAAAGAAGCCCAUUUUCUGUUUAUUUUUAAAAGAAAAGUCAAAAAGCUCCUGCCGAGGCGAUAGUUCAGGACAGCGAAAUCUCAAGAGGUCCACCAGGACCUCGCGGACCCCCCGGCCCCCCCGGGAGACGAGGGGAAACCGGAGAUCCAGGGCCUCCAGGUUUAAACGGAGUCCAAGGUGGGUAGGAUAUCAAUGGAACUUAAAAACGCAUUGGCAUUCCUAGUCUGCACUUAAGCGUAGAAAAGCGAAUAUAAAUUGAUUGUUUUUGUUUUUGUUACUUUCAGGGCAAUCACGUCGUUUAAGAGUCCAGAAAGGCGAGAAAGGACAUCCCGGCAAGCCGGGUACCACGACAGUGGUGACCGGAGACCCGGGACUACCUGGAUCUACAGGACCCAUUGGACCCCCGGGUUUAAAGGGGGAACUUGGAGAAUCGAUACAAGGACCACGAGGACCCCCUGGACUUCCGGGUCCAGCGGGAGAACCUGGCCGCCCAGCUAUCGGAGCCUCGGUGAGUUUUAAAAAGACGAUCUUAGUUUUAAAUUACUGAAAGGCCUAUGCGUAAAUGUACUUGGUCAUCCAGCAAAACGAUCGGGGACGGCUAUUCUCAGAGUUAAUUCCGUAAAGUUAAUUCGUGGAGUUAGAGUUAAUCCUCCAAAAUCCUGAAUUCAAGAUUUUGGAAAGCUAAAAUGCUUCCCUGCCCAGGUAAAAAAUGAGCCUCUCCCAUUUACAAAUCUAGCCCAUUUACUUCCUAACGCCUGCUAUUACAAAUCUUGCUGUGAAUCGACUAAAUGAUUUUUUCUGGCCCAGCGUUGUUAGUAAAAUUUAAAAAAGCUUAGGCUAAUAUGGCGGAAGUAUUGCAUGCCGAAAACUCCGCUUUUUCGCUUUGAAGCCUUUUGAAAAGAUUAUUAUAAUUGUUCUGCAUUGCACUUUUUCUUUCUGAAAUAGCGACAUUUAACAUCAUUUCAAUUUGCUACUCACAGAGAGCCUACAAAAAGUAUCUUUUUGGUAGACAUGACGCGUGGUAACAAAAAGGUCUUUUUGUAUUUUCAGCCUGAAGAUUUAACCGCUCUUAAAGAUCAGAUGAAAAUGCUGACUGCCAUAGUCAUGGAGUUGGAAGAAAAAAGUAAGCAAAACAAUGCAUGAGCUUCUGUUUCUAUUUAAAGAUAGUUAAAGCAGAAUAACUUUGUUUAUUCAGGCAAAUAUCAGUUAGAAUUCAAAGGCAGCAUUUUUUGGAAGGGCCGUCUGGUGGAUACCGCUGAGUAGUAUUUCGAGGAUGCUUGAACAAAAUCAUUCAAAAUGGUGGCAUCCCAUGAAUGCUAGGAGGAGAACUAAUGAAAAUGGCGACCUCCCAGUAGGGUGGUUAGACAAACUGGUACAAACCGGUUUUGGGGGGGGGGGGGAUGCAGGGCAUGUUGUUUCAUGCGGAGGAGCAUGAAGCGUGAGGUGGACGCGUGUUUUUUUUAUUUUGUAAAAAGAAGAUGUUAUCGAACGAGUCUUACGUCUAAAUUGCGCAGCAAAUUGAAUGUUGCUUGGCGUAUUCGAAUGAGUUUUGCCUACUUUCUCCAGGAUGCAACUCCGAUGCGUUAAGGAGUCGGUACACCCUAGGCGACAACUUGUAGCAAAUGAUGUUGUGGCGACACGUCGCAGCGACAAAUCGCUCCGUGUGUACUGGAGAACUUUUGUGAAAAUCUUUGUCUCACAAAUCACUCAGUUUCGGAUUGCUACACCACUAUUAGCAGCUAGAGUAGUCGGCUAGCAGUUUCCUUCUUGCUGAUUGAUUCUGACUUGAUCUUGUUUGCUUAGUUUCCAGGUGUGAGUGCACUGCUGGGAGUCAGCGAGGUGUGGCUAAAAAGAGCGACGCUACAAUGUACCCUUCAACUCUACCGAACAUUGAAUCACAGACCACAAAAGCCACCACUUCAGAGCCAUUGUUCGCUCCACCCGCCAGACGUUGAAAACGAUCCGCACGUACUUUCUUUAAGUAAACGUUAAAAAUUUUAACCACAGCCAUUGCCGUAUGAUAUGCAAAAGUUUUGUUAGUCAUAAGUUUUAAAGCUGAUUUAAACUGAUUUAAACUCUUGACGUGUCGUCAGCUUCGACAUAAAACGCCCUGCACAUGCUGUUGUUAGCUAUAAGUUUUAAGAAGUAAUGUUGUGACAAGGUUCUGGCGAUUGUGGUGCGAGUUCUUUUCACUAAGACGAAAAAAGAAUUUUAGAAAGCAAUCGCAAAACCGCUUCCCGCAGGAAAACUGUAUUGCUAUUAG